AAACAAAUAUUGGUUAUUUUAUAAUCAUACAGAUGUUACUCGGUUGUUCACACUUACUCAGACAUGAGAUCCAACAAGCAGUAUGUCAAGAAAAUCAGCUUUUCUGUCACUCAGGAGUGAAACAAGUGGUCGCCGCCUCCCGGUGAGGCGAAGUCGGCGGCUGUGGCGGUGAUGGCGGUGGUCCCCGACCCUCCCGGCGGCUCGUGGACGGCGGCCGCUCGCGCACGGUGGUCACGGCCGACGACGACGACGACGACUCGUUUUUCAACGCGUGUGACGUAACGCAACGUGGUGUACGUAAUUAAAGCAGACAAUGCGGGCAGCGGCAGCAGGCGCAGGUGCGUGGCCGCCCGGUGCCAAUUAGCGAGGAGGAGCGGGAAGUUGGCCCAGCGGCGACCCGGGCGAGGGGAGCUGCGAGGCGGCCACCGCGGCGACGCUUCUCGGCCCGUUCACGGCAUGACGCCGGCAGACGUCCGUUCAUGAUGGACGAGGCCGCCAGCCGGCUGGAGCGGGAGCACGUUCACGGCGUCUACGACAAGAUCGCGCCCUACUUCAACGACAGCCGCUACAAGGCCUGGCCCAAGGUGCGCCAGUUCCUACUUGACCAGCCGCCCGGCAGCAUCGUCGCUGACGUCGGCUGCGGCAACGGCAAGUACCUCGACAUCAACGAGGAAGCGUUCAAGCUGGGCUGCGAUGUCUGUCGCCCCCUGGUGGACUUCGCCGGCAGCCGCGGGCACGAGGUGCAGGUGUGCGACGGGCUCCACUUGCCUUACCGGGACGGCUGCUUCGACGCUGUGCUCUCCAUUGCAGUCAUCCACCAUUUGUCCACCAAAGACCGUCGUAUCCGAGCAAUAAAGGAAAUGGCGCGAACGCUGCGAGGGGGGGGCCGCGUCAUGAUCUACGUGUGGGCCAUGGAGCAGAAGCGGCGCAAAUUUGAGAAGCAGGACAUCUUCGUUCCGUGGAACCCCAACCCGCAGUCGCCCGACGCCGAGCCCUUGCCGCCGCGGCGGCGGGCGGCGGCCCAGACCGCCGGCGGCGCCGCGGACGACGCCGACAAGCACAGGAAGGUCCGAAGCACAUCGUCAGUGACCGACGCCAUGCCGCCCGUGCCGAGCAAUCACAGACUGUGGUUCUUCUCCCGCUCCUUGGACUCUGUCUUCGACUUCGGGAGCUUAUCCAUCUCCCGCUCGUCAUCCCGGGAGCUCAGCACUUUAUCGCCAACCGGCGGGGAGAGCGAGGGCUGCGUCGCGGCGGGGCUUCGGAGCAGAGGGCGGGGCCUCAUAAAGCAGUUCUCCAGCUUCUUCUCCCCGCCGUCGACGGUCGGAUCCGAGGAGGACGUCUUCGGCUCUGGCACAGAUCUGCACAAGGAGCCCGAAGAUGGCAAAGAGGAGGGGGGCGCCGGCGUGGCCCUGGCGCAGGAGUGCGGCGCCCUCGCGCUGCCCGACCUCGUCCCCUUCCAGAGGGAGCGCCCGAGGCGGGAGAGCGCGGAGCCCGGCCCCCCGGCCGACGGCUCCUGCCUGAGGUACUACCACGUCUUCAGGGAGGGCGAGCUGGCCGAGCUCAUCGGGAAUCACGUAGAGGAGCUCCGCGUCCGCCACGCCUACUUCGACCACGCCAACUGGUGCGUGGUGGCCGAGAAGGUGGAGCCGGCGAAAAUCUGACUUUUAACUUUAUUCCUUUUUAAUUGUCUGCCUAUGAGUUUUAGCACUGAAUCUCAGUUUUUACCUGACAGUUCCAGGAUUUCUGAGUUUUAACUUGACGAUUCUCGACGUUUAGUCUUACAAAACACAAAGUUACUCCGUGGCUCCAACGCAUGACUGUUCCUUGAUUUUUAAUUUAUUUGUUUUCAACUACUUUUGUGGAUCUUGAUAGAUCCACAUUUUACAUAAGUGCCAAGUGAUGAUUUUAGUACCCAAGCGACCUUUUAGAUAACGGUUAAUCCAUCCUGUAGACAAAUUGAAAAGUUGCAACCAAUCAGUUCAAACGUAGAUUUUAAAGUGGUAUUAGUUGAAAAUGGAUGAGAAAUCCUGGGGGGGGAGAUUUGCUCAGGAGUGGCAAAAGUCCAAACAUGAGGCACACUAGGAGAGCCAAAGCAAUAAUGCUCAUCAAGACCAAAAAAAAAAGGAGAAAACCCGUGCAAUGGUUGACAAAAACACUUUUGGACAAUUUUAUCGUCUGCAUCGGAGCUUUAGCACAGAAUUUCUCCGUUUACGUUCUCGAAUCCAGUUUGUCUUAGCAACUCAAGUUGUUCCGUAACUGCAACACUGUCUCUAUUGAUUGAUUGUUUAAAACCUCUCUCCAGUGUUUGUCGGACCCAAUUUUCUCUUCAAGAGUGAUUAUUCAACAAAGGGACUUGACUUUCUGAAGCGGGAAAAAAAAAGUCGACAUUUUGUGAGGUUUUGCUGCAUGCUUUGAAUGGGAGGAAGUGGUGCCAUCUGGUGGACAAAUAUAAAAGUGGAAAUGCAGCGGUCCGGGUCUAUUUUUCUUUUUUUUUUUUUUCUUCUUUUUGUUUUGAUAAUUGUAUUGGUUCAAGAUAAUCCAAAAAUUGUCAGGGAUUUGCUCAUGGAAGUGGCACAAAUGAAAACAUGAGGCACACUUGAAGGGUCAAAGCAUUCAAGCUUAUAGUUUACAACUAUUAAUCAAAGAGUAAAAUUCCACAACACGCAAACAUUUAAAAUGUUUGAAAAUACAAUAACUGGAAAAACUACUAGAAAAGUAAAAUAAAAUAACUGGGAUUUCAAACAUGAGACACAUUUGCAGAACCAACGCAAUAAUGCUGUAAAUAUUGCAAAAAAAAAAAAAAAAACAAUUCAUCUGAAAACUGCACAAAUGUUGAGGACAAAAUCCAAACAUUUGGGAAAAAUGCACAACUUUUUAUUUUUAUUUUUUUUUUAAAUGGUCUGCCUUUGAGUUUUAACAGCUCUGCGUUUACUUUAGUCCAAUUGUUUCCAGUCUUACCAAGACAAGUUACUCCGUGGCUGCAAUGCACGACUGUUCCUUUCGAAAUAAAGAAAUGGUAAUCUUCAAAUGGUCUUGUUUACAAAGUGUUCAUUCCACGCGGGCACGACAGCGUGACUGGUCGUUGUGCAAACGCGCUAGUGCGUGAUUUUUCUUUAGUCUGCAAUAGCAGUGAUUUCCUCCCGAGUGUCUUUUGAAGUCUUAAUGUUUUGUUUGUAAGCUUUUUAUCCUCGCGACGUCUCGGUGUGUUUACGGUGUGCUUUGCACAAGUCGCAUGUUACUAGGAGAUUAACUUCAACGUCUUGAUGUUGCCGUCUCUGUACCUUUUUUUUUGGAUUUGGAGGCAGAAUACGGCGUUGGGCCGCCUCAUACUGUGAAUUCAACGUUGCACUGUAUGCCGCCGCUUACGAUGCCCAUUAUGCUAUAGAUGGAAACUUGAAAUAUUGUGCCAAGGAGGUGUUUUGUGUUUGUGUGCCUGUACCAAGCAACUGGUGGAAAUGUGGUUCUCAAUUAAAAGUUGUUUUUUUCCCCCA